AUGGCCCCGGGUCCGGUGGCGGAGCAGGUGGCUUCCAGGGGCCGGCGUCCCGGAGACGCGGUGGCCGUGAUGGGCAGGGGCGACCAGAGCCACUGGUGUCCGCGCCCCCGCGGGCAGCAUCUCCCCGCAGGAGCGGAGCCCCCGACCAGUGACCCCCCGGUGGCUUCCUCUUCCUCCGUCCCGUCCUCGGCGCCCCCGCCCGGGGCUGCUCACUGCCUCGUGGCCGAGGUCCUGGGGCCGGCGCGGUCCCUGGUGCGGUCCCUGGCGGCAGGCGAGACGCCCGGAGCGACGACCAGACGAGGGGACGGGCACCAGGACAGCCAAAGGCCAACCGAGGGUCGUGGCCUCGCGCCGCCAGACCUCCCGCCCGGCCGAGGGGCGGGGGCCCUGGGGGAGCCGCUGGCGCCCGCCCCGCCGGAUUUGCGCCCCAACCUUCCCACCCUCGUAACCAAAAUAAAGUCCGGUCGCUGCGAGGUCCCGGCCCCCAAACGCCAGACGUGGGCCGAGGAGCGCUGGAAGGCGCCCGCCCCGCCCGCCCGCGCAACUGCUGCUCCGGAGACGGUGACCUUUCCUCCGGGGCCAUCUGUCAUCCCGGCGGCGGCGGCGGGAGCCGCGGGGCCCAGCUGCUCCGGGGAAGGGGCCGCCCGCUGUCCUCCCGGCUGGCGGCGUAGACCUCUCCUCCUCCGACCCUCCCGGCGCCGGACACGUGCAGGGGCCGCAGGGAGGGCGGGGGCCGGGCGGGGUGGGCAGGCGGGGCGCUCGGCCGACGCCCCCCAGCCAGGCCCUGCGGGCACAAGGGGCCGCGCCGCCUGUCGUCAGCCGCCUCCUCCGCCCCCGGGGCUGCCCGAGGCGGCCCCUGGCGAACUCUGGGCGCAGGACCGGCGCCCGGGGACCGAGGGGCGGCGCGAGCCCAGGCCCCCGCCCCCUCGGGCCGCCCCGCGGGGCCUGCCAGGCAGGGCUGGUCAGCUGCCAAGCCGCCGGGGCCAACCGCCCGCCGCGGAGCCUGCCGCCUGCCAGUCAGGAGGGCCCGGGCCGCCAACCGCCUGUCACCACCCGGGCCAACUGUCACUCGGAGGCCGAAGUCCCGCUCUGGGAGCUCAGGACGGCCCGUCGGGCAGGCCCAGGGGCGACUCAGGGGUCCGCCGGGGGUCGUGCUGGUGGCAGCUGCCUCGCUACCCAGCCUCCUUCCUGCUCUCCUCCGCCCAGGGCACCCAUCGCGCGGCGGGGGACCCACCCGGUCCCAGCUCUCGGUCCACCAGGGUCAGCGGGCUCGAGUCCCUUCCAGCUCCCGGCUGCUCCCGGCUAGGCCAGCACCCCGGGGACCCCGUGGGGCUGAGGAGAUGGGCGUCAGGCCAGAAAGCCCUCCUGCCCCCCCACCCCCGGCGCCGGGCGGCCAUCGUGGCCCUUGGGGGCAUGGGGCCUCCUCUGCCCCCACGCCAGGCUGCCCACGGCUACCCCAGGCAGGGCUCUGCGCAGGGUCCCCCGUGUGACCUCCCCAAGCAGGAUCCGCCAGGGACGCUGCCAGACGUCCCCCGCUGUGCCCAGGACGUCCCCCGACAGCCGGCUCCACCCAAGCCCCAGUAG